GGUCUAGCUGUUGUGGCAACCCCUGGCGCGAUCAAGGGCACCGUGGCCUUACUUCUAGUGUACUGCUUCGUCUUCAAUGUCACAAUUGGGGCCACAGCUUACACUAUCUUGGCCGAAGUUUCCACUCCCCGAUUGCGUGUCAAGGCCGCUUCCAUGGCAUUCGCUUUUGAGAACACGCUGUUUGGCUUUGUUCUCCCGUAUCUCUUCAACCCUGAGAAAGCCAAUUUAGAAGCGAAAUUGACAUUCAUUUUUGGUGCCGCCUCGAUAUCGUGCACAAUUUACAUCUGGAUAUGUCAACCUGAAUGCUCCAAUCUGUCAUAUGAAGAACUAGAUGAGCUCUUAUAAACCACGUCCCAGCUAGAAAAUUUCAGGUAGUAAGA